UUUACCGUGUAUUUUCGGCUUCAUCAAACAAGCAUGAAGUUCCAAUACAAAGAAGAGCAUCCAUUUGAAAAGCGGCGGUCAGAGGGAGAGAAGAUCAGGAAGAAAUACCCAGACAGGGUGCCUGUAAUUGUGGAAAAAGCUCCUAAAGCCAGAAUAGGGGACCUAGACAAGAAGAAAUAUCUUGUCCCUUCUGAUCUGACAGUGGGCCAGUUUUACUUUCUCAUCCGAAAACGAAUUCACCUGAGAGCUGAGGAUGCACUCUUCUUCUUCGUAAACAAUGUCAUUCCCCCUACCUCUGCCACCAUGGGCCAGCUCUACCAGGAGCAUCAUGAAGAAGAUUUCUUCCUUUACAUUGCCUACAGUGAUGAGAGUGUGUACGGAGAAUAGAGCCAAAGGGAAAUACCCCCCACCCACCCCCCUUUUGCCUUUUAAAUCAAUAUAUAGGCAUCUCAUAGCGUUCUCAGAACUGAAGUAUCAGAUGCACAUUUGCAUUUAUUUUAUCAUAUCCUUUAAUGUUUUGUUUUUUCCCUUUAGUCUGACAUUCUGGUGUUUAUUAAGAAUUAACUAAGAAGCAGUUUUUCAUUUUCAUGGUUUUUAUACAGCGGUGUCAAUAACGGAGAGACACUAAAUAUAAUUCAAUGCAAAUUAAAUUUCGCCUUUGAUAUUCGUAAGCGUUAGCUAAUUCUGCCAAUUAAGCUGUUUUCCCCUGUAUAUUCAGUUAUUUGCGCACAUAAAAUGCAGACCUUUCAGAGUAAACUCAUUUAAAAUUGUUCUGAGCAUACAAACAAUGCUACAGGAUUUCUAACUAGCAUGUACAGUACAACACUAGCUGGCCAGUCAGAUUGAAAAAAUCGGACUAACGUUUUCUGUGUCCGCUAACUCUGAUUUGCUGUUACAUUGAUUUACUUUUAUUAUUGUACCUAGAAGAUUCUAGAUGGUUUGAUUAAUAUUUAAGUUGUAAGUCUCAAGUGCAAGUUUUAUUUGCAAUAUUUUUUUUUUUUUGUAUUCAGCUGCUAUUUUUCUGGUACUCUUGAUGAUGACCAUAUAAACCAAACGCACACCUGUUUUGUCUACUGUCAUGUUUCUUCACUAAAUCACUGAGCAGAACGCAAGCUACUAAAUUGAGAUUUCUUUCAGUAAUUGUUAGUCUUGGAAAGAUAUUUGACAAAAGCUUAGAAUAUUUACUGUUUCAGGUGUGUUGUAAGUAUUAUGAGUUUCCCUGCGGCAUUCCAUUUGCUUUGACUCGUUUUUUUAUUUUUAUCUAAACUGUUUUGGCAACACAGAUUUUUUGAAAGUA